AUACAUACAUAUGCUUUCAAAACCCACAUCGGAUAAUUAUUUUUCAAUGGAAGAGGAUAUAAAGGCUAGGCUACAGAAAUAUCGUGUUAAAAAACAGAGGGAGGAGAAAUUUGCGCAGUUUAAGAAAAAACUACAUUGUUUUUGGCCGUUGCGGGUUAGUGCGGACAGUAAAGAGGAGAAAAGGGAUAGUGCAACUGAAGCUUGUGGUGACGUGGUCGAAAAGAAAAUACAAACAACUCGUGUUGGUGAAUUUGUUGAAAAGGCUGACUAUUCAUUGACCUUCAGCUCAAAUGAGGAAACUGAUGAGAAUAUUAUCGCGGGUGAGAAUGUGGAUAAUAAUCUUCUCAAAUAUACUUUAAGGGUAGUGUUUACAUCGUUUUGGAUAACUCUUUACGUAAUUGCCAUAAAACUACAAUUUGGAAUAGUGUAUCUAAUGCUCUCAGCGUUAAUUGGAAUCUACUUUAACACAAGGACUACACCAAAAAAGCGGAAUGAAAUUAGCGCUUACAGUGUUUUUAACAAAAACUGCGAAAGCAUAGAUGGAACUUUAAAGGCUGAACAAUUUGAGCGUGAAAUUCGAUUUGGUGCCGCCAGUAUAAAAUAAGUAGUUAAGUCAAUAGCAUAUGGAAUACAAAUUUUUCGUGUGGAAUCACGCUCUAAACAAAUGAAAGAAGGUUAAAAAAACAGCAGUUUAGGGAAAACUUCCAUGUAAUACCCCAUGAGUUUUAAAAAAGGGGUUAUAAGGGGGGCCGGGGUAGAGGCGGUAUUCUACUUUCUGAAAGUGAAAACCUCAUUUGAGGAAGGGUUAUAGUUUUUAAGUUAUUUGAUUUCAAAAUUUGUAAAAUUGACCAAGAAUUGUCCUAUUUUGGUUAUUUCAGCAGAAGUGCUGCCAGAUAUCUUAUAAAUAAACAAUUUUAGAAGAUAAUAAAUGAAUAAAAACACAAAAUUUUCCAGUUUA